CCCUGUCGUUCUCCUCUCUCUCUCUCUCUCUCUCUCUCUCUCUAAACCCAACCCCUCAUAUCCUCGUAAUAUCCCACUCCCCCUUAUCAACUCCCCCAUAAACGCAUCUUCUCUCUCUCUCUCUCUCUCUCUCUCUCUCUCUACAAACUCAUUGCAAGUUCGAAUUUUGACUCUUCUUCGUUCAGGGUACCACCCCGAUUCGUCUCUAAACCCUUAACCUCUCGCAAUUUCGGGGGUUUUUUACUCGAUUCCUCGCAUGGGUUUUUGAGGUAUGAAGUGGCGCGUGCUUGGGCUCCUGAAGCUCCAUUUUUGACAGCAAAAGAGAUUGGAUUUCGAUUGAUGCUUUGCGGGGUUUCGGGGGUUUGAUUUGGAAUUUGGAAUUUGGGGCGACUCGUGCGUGUUGGAUUAAUGGCGUCCGCGUCGGGGAGUGAGGAGACCAACAGAGGGAGCAUGUGGGAAUUGGAUCAAAAUUUGGAUCAACCCAUGGAUGAAGAAGCUGGGAGGUUACGUAAUAUGUAUAGAGAAAAGAAAUUCUCGACGAUCUUAAUACUACGGCUAGCAUUUCAGAGCCUCGGUGUGGUAUUCGGAGAUUUGGGUACGUCGCCGUUGUAUGUUUUCUACAAUGUAUUUCCUCACGGGGUAGAAGAUACUGAAGAUGUUAUUGGAGCUCUUUCCUUAAUCAUUUACUCUCUUACUCUUAUUCCGCUCAUUAAAUACGUUUUCAUCGUCUUGCGCGCGAAUGACAAUGGCCAAGGUGGCACAUUUGCUCUUUAUUCGCUUCUUUGCCGUCAUGCGAAGAUAAAGACCAUCCCGAACCAACACAAAACAGAUGAAGAGCUAACAACGUACAGCCGCCAUACAUACGACGAGAAUUCGCUUGCUGCGAAAGUUAAGCGAUGGUUGGAGGCACAUUCUUAUAAAAAGAAUGUUAUUCUUAUUCUUGUUCUUAUCGGUACUUGUACUGCGAUCGGAGAUGGGAUUCUCACUCCCGCUAUCUCAGUUCUUUCUGCAUCAGGUGGAAUAAAGGUUGUAAGUCCGAAAAUGAGCAAUGAUGUGGUUGUAGUUGUUGCUGUAGUCAUAUUAGUUGGCUUAUUUAGCAUGCAGCACUAUGGCACGGAUAAAGUUGGACGGUUUUUCGCGCCGAUAGUCUUCCUCUGGUUUAUAUUAAUCGGAGCUGUCGGAGCUUUGAACAUAUGGAAGUACGACAAUGCAGUUCUCAGAGCAUAUAAUCCAGUUUAUAUCUAUCGGUAUUUCCGUCAUGGGAAGCAUAGCAGUUGGACCUCUCUUGGGGGAAUCAUGCUCAGUAUAACAGGGACAGAAGCAUUAUUUGCCGACCUGUGUCAUUUUCCUGUACCGGCUAUUCAGAUUGCUUUCACCCUCAUCGUGUUCCCUUGCCUUCUACUGCAAUAUACUGGACAAGCUGCGUAUAUAAUUUGCAACAAAGACCAUGUAGUCGACGCCUUUUAUCGUUCCAUACCAGGUGGCAUAUACUGGCCCGCGUUUAUUAUUGCAACUGCUGCUGCAAUUGUGGCUAGCCAAGCCACCAUAUCUGCAACGUAUUCGAUAAUCAAACAAGCACAUGCGCUCGGCUGUUUCCCGAGAGUCAAGGUUGUUCAUACGUCGAAAAGGUUCCUGGGUCAAAUAUACAUUCCCGACAUCAAUUGGGUCCUUAUGGUUCUCUGCAUCUCUGUUACGGCCGGAUUCAAGAAUCGAAGCCAGAUCGGAAAUGCAUACGGUACCGCAGUGGUAAUGGUUAUGCUGGUAACAACCUUUCUCAUGAUCCCGAUAAUGCUAUUAGUGUGGCGGAGCCACUGGAUCCUAGUCUUACUCUUCACUGGCCUAUCUUUGCUUGUGGAGCUCCCGUACUUCUCCGCGGUUAUAUUCAAAAUAGACCAAGGUGGGUGGGUACCCCUCGCCAUCGCCGCCACCUUCCUCAUCAUCAUGUAUGUGUGGCAUUAUGCCACUGUAAAACGGUACGAAUUCGAGAUGCACAGCAAAGUCUCGAUGGCCUGGAUUUUGGGCCUGGGCCCGAGCCUGGGCUUGGUUCGUGUCCCGGGAAUCGGCUUCGUCUACACCGAACUAGCAAGCGGGGUCCCCCACAUCUUUUCCCACUUUAUAACUAACCUUCCUGCUAUUCACUCGGUUCUGGUUUUCGUUUGUGUUAAGUACCUUCCGGUCUAUACCGUCCCUCCAGAAGAAAGGUUCCUCGUGAGGCGAAUCGGGCCGAAGAAUUUCCACAUGUUCCGAUGCGUUGCGAGGUAUGGAUACAAAGAUGUCCACAAGAAGGACGAUAACUUUGAGAAGAUGUUAUUCGAUAAGUUAUGCCUAUUUGUUCGAAUCGACAGCAUGAUGGACGUGUACACUGAUUCCGAAGAGUACAGUAUCAUGCAAGAAAAGAAGACCGAGAAAUUGGUCGAUUUCCUUGCACAGAAUCGGAGAACUAGUAAUGCGAUAUCCUCUGAUCGAGAACUCAGUUAUUCGUCACAUGAUUCGAUUGUGCCGGCUCAAUCUCCUCUUAGAAUGGGAAGUUUAAUGAGGUCUUCGGAUCAAACCCAAAUGGUGUCCGACGAAUUGGAUUACCUGAAUAGGUGUAAGGAUGCAGGAGUUGUCCACAUUCUCGGAAACACGAUAGUGAGGGCUCGAAGGGAUUCGGGGAUUCUCAAGAGGAUUGCGGUCGAUUACAUUUUUGCUUUUCUUCGAAGGAUUUGCAGGGAAAACAGUGUGAUCUUCAAUGUUCCCCAUGAGAGCCUAUUGAAUGUGGGCCAGAUAUUUUAUAUAUAGUUCAUAUAUCCUUCUUUCUUUCUUUCUUUUUCUCAGUUUUCUUGACAAGAACACCUUUUCCUUUUUUUAAAAUUUUGGUUAAUUGUUGGGCUUGGGGGAAGAUGAUUAUGUUGCAGAGAUUCAAACGUAGCAUUAGCGCGUUUUUUUUUUUUUUAACCACUGAACAUAAUCAAGGAAGUUGUACUUUUCUUCUUGUAUACAAGAUAUGCUCGUAAAGAUAAAAGACCCCAUAUAGUAUGGCCUUUUACAAUGAAGCAAUAUAGAAGCUCAUUUCGUCUUCAUA